AUUCCCUUUUGCGUUUCAAUUGCAGCUCUCAGGGGCGCUCGGCGUGGCCGUUCGCCGUGGGGUUUGUUGGGGGUGAACGGUCCUCGGUGAGUGGACAAGUGUGCGUGGUUGCAUGAGGCGGAGCAGCGGUUGCAGGCGGCGGCUGCAGACUUGGCCGCACCCUCCGCGCGCCGCUCCGGGCUGCCAUAUUGCGCGAGCUCCGGGCCGCCAGUCCCGGGACAGACAGGAGCGGAGAUCCGUGCAAACCAAACAACGCAGCGGCCGCGGUAAACGCCAGCAGCAAGCGGGAUGGCUGCGCUCGUCGGAAGGAAGCCAUCUCAGUGUGAAGACCUACGAAACGUGAAUCUUUCUGGUCAUGUGGGAUUUGAUAGCCUUCCAGAUCAGUUGGUCAACAAGUCCACAACUCAUGGGUUUUGUUUCAAUAUUCUUUGUGUAGGUGAAACUGGUAUUGGUAAAUCAACGUUAAUGGACACAUUGUUCAAUACUAAAUUUGAAAAUGCACAAGCAUCGCACAACGAGCCUGGUGUCCGGUUAAAGUCUCGCAGUUACGAAUUGCAGGAGAGCAAUGUACGGCUAAAGCUGACCAUUGUAGAUACAGUGGGCUUUGGGGAUCAGAUAAACAAGGAAGACAGCUACAAGCCUAUUGUUGAAUACAUUGAUGCACAGUUUGAAGUAUACCUUCAGGAAGAAUUGAAAAUCAAGCGUUCGUUCUACAACUAUAAUGACUCCAGAAUUCACACCUGCCUAUACUUCAUUGCGCCCACAGGACACUCACUAAAAUCUCUUGAUCUUGUUACCAUGAAAAAAUUAGACAGCAAGGUGAAUAUAGUCCCUAUAAUUGCCAAAGCCGACACAAUCUCAAAGAGCGAACUACAUAAAUUCAAGAUCAAAAUCAUGAGUGAAUUAGUCAGUAAUGGCGUGCAGAUUUACCAGUUCCCAACGGAUGAUGAAACUGUUGCGGAAAUCAAUUCAACAAUGAAUGGUCAUCUUCCAUUUGCUGUUGUUGGCAGCACUGAAGAAAUUAAGAUUGGAAAUAAAAUGGCGAAAGCUCGACAAUAUCCUUGGGGAAUUGUUCAGGUGGAAAACGAAAACCACUGUGACUUUGUGAAGCUUCGUGAAAUGUUGAUUCGUGUAAAUAUGGAGGAUCUGAGGGAGCAGACACAUGCUCGUCAUUAUGAACUGUACAGACGAUGUAAGCUGGAGGAAAUGGGAUUUAAAGACACCGAUCCUGACAGCAAACCAUUCAGUCUGCAGGAGACCUACGAGGCAAAGAGAAAUGAAUUCUUAACUGAGCUGCAGAAAAAGGAGGAAGAGAUGAGACAAAUGUUCGUCAUGAGGGUAAAAGAAAAGGAGUCUGAGCUAAAGGAGGCUGAGAAAGAGCUUCAUGCAAAAUUUGAUCACCUGAAGAAGACGCAUCAGGAUGAGAAGAAGAAACUCGAGGAUAAGAAGAAGGAGCUGGAGGAUGAAAUGAACGCUUUCAACAAAAGGAAAGCAGCAACUCAGUGGCUGCAAUCACAGGCUCAGCAAUCUUCCCAGACAAGCAAAAAGGACAAGAAAAAUUCAAGCUUCACAUAAGCAACCCUGGCCAAGUCAAGGAUGCCAUCCUAUACAUCUGCUUAGCUGUAAUGCAUCUUUCAUCAAAAUGUCCAUCCAUUUAAAAAAAGAAAUAACACUGACAGAUCAUUAACAAUUGUCUUUUAAUAGGAAAUUCCUUUAGUGUGCAUUCCAUGAGGUGAAGAAGGGGUGCACUUUGUUUUUGAGAGGGCAUAGUGGGAAGUAAAGUCUAACACAAACCGUAGUUUAUGCAAUAAUUAUUAUCUUCAACAUUGUAUGCAGGGCUUUGGAAGGCAUUGAGCAGGGAUGAAACAAUGCAUAUAGAUCCUUUCCCAUGUGGAGUAUUCGGGAAACCAUAUCCGAUGAAAUAAUUUCCAGCUCCCUACUUUAUCAGUAGUACAAUGUGAACUUUACUGUUUUUACUAUAAGAAAUGUGCUAGCAAGUGGAAAAAGUAUAUUUUAUGUCAUCUGGUGCUUCUUAGUUCCAUGGGGCAUAUUUUUGUAAUUUGUGUUUUUCUGUCAAUAAGGUGGCGUUUAAAAUAUUAUUUGUACUCUUAGUAUAUGUACACUAAAGCUGUUUAACUUGAUGCUGUAUUUCUAUUUGGGCAAAUUCUCCCUCAUGGAUCCCUCUCCUCAGAUAUGUUGAUGAUUAAUCCCUUCUGCUGGUGUGCAUUAUGCUUCUGUUUUUGAUGCUGAUCUGUUUUCUGGCUUGGUGAUGCCUCUCCUCCACUGCUUUUAAAACAAGUUUUCACAGAUUCGGAAUUUUCAGUGGCAGGUUUCAGAUAAUCUUACCAACCACGUGGCUCUGGGAAGGAGAGGUGAUACCCACCUUGAGGUAUGCAUGGACAAUCCUAACAACAGCCUACAUUUACACUUGAGCAUUCCAGUCACAAGAGCUGAUAGCUGAUCAACAGUCACUCUAAAACUUUACACAUUAAAAGAUGCAAAAUUGGACCUAAUCUAUUGAAUGAAACUCUCAUCUUUUAGCAGAAAUCUAAUUUGGAGAAACUAUUUAAAAAUAGAUUGUUACCAUAGUGUACCAUUUAAACUGGUAUCAAAUUUCUUCUUGGGGUUGAAUUCUUAUCAGUGGAUUCUUGUGUUUUCCCUGUGAUAUUUCCUUUUAAACAUACAUACUGAUAAAAACUUAACAUAGUUAGAUGGUAGAAUGCCCAUUAACUCAGUAGCUCUUUACUUCAAAUUCAGAAGCAGCAUGUCCUUCAGUCAGCCUCAGUUUAACAGUCUUUCCCCAUGUCAGCUCCGAGCUAUGAAAAUGGUGUUCAUUAUUCAACCAUGGAGAAAGGAAGAAUAACUUAACCCAUUGUCCCUCCAGAAUAUUUUCCAAGUAUAUUAUCACAUAGUAUUAAAGCCCAUCAUUUCUUAUAACUCUCUAAAGCACCCCCAUUCCAAAUAAAUAUGGGGGGGGAUAAACAAUAUUAGAGUAAUUAAAUCCCUAACUACAGGUUUUCCUAAUGACUUUAUGCCAGGAAAAAAUAUAUAUAUAUUAAUUCAACUAUAUUUUUGAAGACAUGUUCGUCAAGUGAGAAUGCAUUUAACUAUAUAGCUUUCCUGGAGCAUAUUGGCUGAUUACCCUGGCAUCUGUUUUAUUUUGUUUCUGUAAGUCUUCUGCCUUGUUUUCACAGUAAUCCUUGGCUCUGCACGGAAUAACUAAUACCCCCACAAAUCUAGUUGGAUUAUACUUUCACCCUUGCAUGUAAGUAUGGGAGUUGAAGUUGCUCGUAUUUUUGGCAAUGAAACAUAGCUGAAAAGAUUUGCUGGUCUGUGCUCUGAGCUAUUCUUACUGGAUUGGUUCAGAACAUUCCCAGAGCAAACUAAUAUCUUCCACCAGCUUCCUCUCACUCCUCUUUUGUUGCGCUCUGUAUAGUGCCUUUAAGACCUGCCACAUUUUGUUUUGCAUUCGCUGUGCUCCACCACUUUCAUGAGGUAAAUGCUGAUAAUUUUCAGUAUAUAAACUUCUAAUGCAUUUUUGUAUGAAUUCCAGCCUUUUAAAUGAGCCUGUCGUUAAAUAUGAUUGUUAUUUCUUUAAAAUGCACCAUUACAUACAUAUGUUUACCUCGUCCAGGUGUUUCUAAAUUGCUUAUGUGCAUUUCUAAAGAGAUGAAGUAUGCAUACACAAUCUAUGCAUUUGUAGACUUCCUACUUUCUAUUUGAGUAUUUUCAUCAGGAGAGGAAAUUAGUAAAUCCUUGAAUAUAUUUCACAGAUCUCAAAAGCUAUACUUAAGUUGUGUAUUUUUAGCUUAUAGUUUUAUCACUAUUGGAAUAAUCAUGAAGUUACAGUGGUACAUUUUGAUUAUUAUUUGAAAAUACUAAGCUAUUAGUUAUAUCCAUAUUUUGAGUAUUCUAGAGCACAUUGAUAUAAUGGUGACAGCACUGAUGCAUUUUAUUCAAAUAUAUGUUUUGUUUGACUUCUGUGUGGUGUGUGAAGUGUUUUUUUUUUUAAUGUUCCACCAAACAUUAUGCAUUUGGAGAUUGUACCAAAGCCGCUUGUGACACUAAUCCAAUUGGCCUCAGAAAUGGGAUCCCAGACCCAAAUAUCUUGCAUCCUCUGACUUUUUUUGUGCUUGUACGUGUUUUCUUUACAUUGUAACAUUUUAUUGUGGUCUUACUUUUUCUUUGUUAAACUGCUGUGUCCUUUUUUCCUUGUUGGUGUACUAUUGUAUGCUUACAAAAAAUGUUUUAUCGUGUCAAUGUGCUCUUUCGGUAAACCUGCAUUCUCAUCAUGCUUUUGAUUGAAAUUGUCACUUGUGGAUUUCUGGUUUUGACCAUUUAUUCACUAUUCUACAUGAUUAUUAGUGGGAAGGAAACGUUUUUUUCUCUUCACAGGAUAAGGAAAUCAACAUGCCAAUUCCAAUUUAUGGCUCAAAAAUCGUAAGGAUGGUUUACGGUCAAUUGUUUAAUUUUUUGGUUAAAAAUAAUUUAAUGGGCCUGUCCCACUUACACAACUUUUUCGGCGACUGCCGGCACCCAUCAUAGGUUGUUGCAGGUUGCUGAAAAAUUUCAACAUGUCGCCGGGGUGUCUCCUGUAUGGUCGUGAGUAGUCUCCUCAGUCACCUGGUCUUUCUGGUCGCUGCUGGAUUUCCAACAUGUUGAAAAUUUUCGACGACCUAUGAUGGGUACCAGCAGUCGCCGAAAAAGUUGCGUAAGCGGGGCAGGCCCAUAAGUUUCCCAUGCUCUGUAGAUAAAUGUCAGUUGGCAUCGUGGUAGAGGUACUGCAAUUAUUUUUGGCAGGGUGCAAUCUGCUACUUCUUGAAGGAAAAAAUCUGGGGCGGUAUUGGGACUUGUGAUGCCCGCUGCAGGUUAAUAUUCUGCUUCUGGUGGUGAAAUAAUCAGAAGGUAGUUAGCACCAGGGAACUACACACGCAAAAGACAACAGUGAGCUGAAAGAUUGACUCGCAUGACUUUGGUCUUAUUCCACUAAUCUGUCUUUUCAAAUAAUUUAAUUUGUGCACAGAUUUUGCAGUUUCAUCCCAGGCUUUGGAAGUGCAGUUGUUUUUAUUAGAUUCUGCACUUUUUAAAAUUCUCCUCCCUGCCCCCCCCCCCCCCCCCCCCCCCCCCUCUCUUCACUGUUUAACCAAUAUUCUUUCUUUAACUUUCCUCUAUAGCUUCUUUAUCUAAUUGUCCUGCUGCCUGUUCCCUUCUCCACUGGACAAGAUUCCCAAAGCUUUUGAAGAGCUACAAUAUAUUCACACACCACGCAGAAGAAUUAUUUCUUUGUUCAUCAUUUUAUCUCUUUGCUCCUUGCUGGUUACAAUUCUUGUACUGUAGCAUGUUAGAUAUGUAAGUAUUUUAUACAUUUCAUAUGGAAAAAUAUCCAAAACUAUUCUAUGUGAACGGACCAAGAUCAGACGAUGCAUUAUUUAUAAACACCUGACCUUCUCUAAGUUUAAGGUCUGUCUAAUGUAAAAUUUAAUGGUGGUGCUUCUGGUAACUUGCUCUAAUCAUAUUGUUUAGGUCUGUUUUUAUAGCAUUGUGCUUUUUUGCUUUUCAAAUAUGCCUAAACCCACUUAUUCAGAUUGCAUGUGCUUUUGGGUUGAUCAGAAUUCUGACGAACAUCUGCAAAUUGAAUUAGUGGGUUAAAACAAAUCAACUCUCAAAUGUGUUCUUAAAAUGUUGACGCGUGAUAUUAUUGUCACAUAGUUUUCAGAGGGGAAAUAGAGGAUUUAAAAUAAAAUUACAUGGAUUUUUUUUUGCUUAAGUUUUAAUGUUAAACCAAGACCAUUUUAAUCAAUAUUGCAUCCAACUAAUGUUUUUUUAAAGAUUUUUGCAAAAUGCAUCACCUUUACCAUCUCUGGAUUUUGCCGUUUUGAAAACUUAAAAUGCAAAUUACUAACCUUAUACAUUUGUGAACUUGGCAUCAUUGUUGCAGUUAUAUUUGUUUACUCAUGUAACAGUGGUCAGUAAUUGAAAGCAUUUCAAAAGAUCACUUUAAGGUGGACAGAGGGAGUAUUUUCUGUGUACAAAUAGAGCUACCCAGCUUAAAUCCCACCUUCUAACACUUGGGUGUGAAGCUCUGCAGAUCACUGCUCUUCAAAUGUACCUUUCUACUUUAAAACAGUAAGGGUGAAAUAUUUUCUAACAGUUAAAGUGCAAAUAACAUAUUCUAGUUUAGUGUAAAUAUAUUGAGGAAGUGAAGGCUGCAAUCCUGAUGUGGUCCUGGAUGAAAAAUUGUCUUCAGUAUAACCACACUGGCUUUUCAGGUGUGCAGUGUUCUGACUCUGUUAAGUAUGCUUUCCUGUAACAGACAAUUGUAUAAAGACUUGUUUGGAGACUGUGAAGUGAAAUUUUACAACAAAAUAAAGUGAAUUUAAAACCAUAA